AUGAAGUUCGCCAUCUCGAGUGUCCUGGCAUCUGCCUUCUUGCUACAAGAUGUAGCCGGUCUUGUUAUCGCAGAACGUGAAGUCAUCGAAGAACGUGCGACCGCUACUCCAGUCAAGAACAAUGGCAAGCGUGGUCUUUCCUACAACAAUGCCGCUUACACCAUGCCUUUCUCCCUGUCUGGCCAGAGCUCUCAAGUUUCCUGGGCAUACAACUGGUACCAGGCAGCUGGUAAUGGUUUUAACCCUGCACUUGAAUAUGUCCCCAUGCUUUGGAGUAACGCCUCCGACCUUACUUCAAGCUGGCCCGCCAACGCACAGGCUGCCAUCAAUGCUGGCAGCACUCAUCUUCUUGGUUUCAACGAGCCCGACCUCUGUCUUGCCGGUGCUGGAUCUUCUUGUAUCGAGAUGCAGUCGGCUGUCAAGGCUUGGAAACAGUACAUGGAGCCCUUUGCAGGCAAGGCACUUCUCGGCUCUCCUGCCGUGACCAACGGCGGUUCGCCCAUGGGACUUACCUGGCUCUCAAACUUCAUGGGCAACUGCACUGGCUGCCACAUCGACUUUAUCAACAUCCACUGGUACUCGAACAAGUAUGCUGGCGCCAACUACUUCAAGCAGCAAGUGCAAGCCGCUCAUGCCAUGUCCGGAGGCCGUCCCGUCUGGAUCACCGAAUUCGGUCUUGACAACAGCGUCAGCUACACCCAAGCCGAACUCACAUCCUUCCUCGAGGAAGUGAUUGAAUGGAUGGACGCACAAGAUUACGUGCAGCGCUACGCCUACUUUAUGGAUACAACCGGCGCAUUGAUGAAUUCCGACGGCACCGGGAUGAGCGAUAUGGGAUCCAUGUAUAACUCUUACCCUGAGGUGAGUUCGGCAUCUUCUUCUGCUUCUGCUUCUGCGACAGCUGUGCUGUCUUCUUCUUCCUCUGUUGUAUCCACGGCUGUGCCGUCUUCUGUCUUGUCGUCUUCAUCUGCGAUUGUUGCUUCGACAUCGACUUACAAAUCUUCAAGGAUUACGAGUGCACCGACUAGUUCGUUGACACUGAGCAGCAGCAAGAGUUCUGCCGCGUCUUCCCUACAGACCUCUUCUUCCUCUCCCAAAGCUGUUUCGUCUGAAACUGCUGCACCAACCGCUGGUAUAAGCAUCCUCAGCGCCUACUUUGCAGACAAAGACGUCACUGCCGCUGCCCAGACUGUCUUCCUCCAAAAUGGCAAUUUGGUGGUGAAUACUUAUACCCUAGCCUCUGCACUGUCCGUGUCAGACCCUUGGUGGGGAACCGUCAAAACGAUCUCAAUCCUCUACUCUGACGCUUCCAAUAACACCUAUAUCUUCUCUUCCGCAGAGCAAACAGGCACCUACACCAUUUCUCCCUCAUCCAUCCCUUCCUCCGCAAAAACACCUUCGAUGGCUGCAAUCGAUGGCGCCACGGUCAAUAUCGUCGGUAUCGUUUGGGGUACCCAGCAAAUCAAGACUCCUGGGGUGUGGGACAGGAUUUACUAUCAACAAGCCACCAAAUGGGGUUUCCAGAUUAACACUGGAUUGUUUGGUGUUGAUGGGUUUUGGGGUCAUGCUAAGGUGGGCAUUGUAUGGUAUAGAGAUGCUCAAGGAGUGUUGAAGUCCUUGGUUAGUAAAGAGAAUGGGUGGGUCAAGUUCUAG